UCCGUUGCGCUCUCACUUCCUACACUGGGUCAUCCAGUGAGAAAGCAGACCCAGGGCCUUGCAGGCCUGGACGUGGUCAGUCCCAGGGGGCCCCCAGCCGUCGCGCAUGCGUUCUGGGUUGGCUUGCUCGCUCUGAGGCGGAGCGAACGCACAGUUUUCUUCUUGUACCCGCCCCCUCUGCUUUCCCCACCUGCCACGUACUGGGCCCGAGGUCUCGCUAGGCUUGGUGGGUCUGUGCGAUUGGCCGGGGCCAGCGCAAGCCUGCCAGCGAGGUGCGGCGGGCCGGAGGGCAACCGAGUGGGCCGUGACUGCAGCUUUCUCCCAGCGCCCCAGAGCCUGGCAGUGGCAGCCUCGCACGAGUUGAAUCAGCGGAGACCUGCGGAGGGGUGGCGGCGGCCUCGGCAAACCGUCUUUCUCUAGAGUUAAGACAUAUAGAACAUCCUGGAGUCUACCAUGAAUGGACAGUUGGAUCUGAGUGGGAAGCUAAUCAUCAAAGCUCAACUUGGGGAGGAUAUUCGACGAAUUCCCAUUCAUAAUGAAGAUAUUACUUAUGAUGAAUUAGUGCUAAUGAUGCAAAGAGUCUUCAGAGGAAAACUUCUGAGUAAUGAUGAAGUUACAAUAAAAUAUAAAGAUGAAGAUGGAGAUCUUAUAACAAUUUUUGAUAGUUCUGACCUUUCCUUUGCAAUUCAGUGUAGUAGGAUACUGAAACUGACAUUAUUUGUUAAUGGUCAACCAAGACCCCUUGAAUCAAGUCAAGUGAAAUAUCUACGUCGAGAACUGAUAGAACUUCGAAAUAAAGUGAAUCGCUUGUUGGAUAGCUUGGAACCACCUGGAGAACCAGGACCGUCCACCAACAUUACUGAAAAUGAUACUGUGGAUGGUAGGGAAGAAAAGCCUGCUGCUUCUGAUUCUUCUGGAAAACAGUCUACUCAGGUGAUGGCAGCAAGUAUGUCAGCUUUUGAUCCUUUAAAAAACCAAGAUGAAAUCAAUAAAAAUGUCAUGUCAGCAUUUGGCCUAACAGAUGAUCAGGUUUCAGGGCCACCCAGUGCUCCUGCAGAAGACCGUUCAGGAACUCCCGACAGCAUUGCUUCUUCCUCCUCUGCAGCUCACCCACCAGGAGUUCAGCCACAGCAGCCACCAUAUACAGGAGCUCUGACUCAAGCAGGUCAGAGUGAAGGUCAGAUGUACCAGCAGUACCCGCAGCAGGCUGGCUAUGGCACUCAGCAGCCACAGGCGCCGCCCCAGCCGCCACAGCAGUACGGUAUUCAGUAUUCAGCAGGCUAUAGUCAGCAGACCGGACCCCAACAACCUCAGCAGUUCCAGGGAUAUGGCCAGCAACCAACUUCCCAGGCACCGGCUCCUGCCUUUUCUGGCCAGCCUCAGCAGAUGCCUGCUCAACCACCACAGCAGUACCAGGCGAGCAGUUACCCUCCACAGACUUACACUACCCAGACUUCCCAGCCUACUAAUUACACUGUGGCCCCUGCCUCACAACCUGGAAUGGCUCCAAGCCAACCCGGGGCCUAUCAGCCCAGACCAGGUUUUACUCCACCUCCUGGAAGUACCAUGACCCCUCUUCCAAGUGGGUCUAACCCUUAUGCACGUAGCCGUCCUCCCUUUGGUCAGGGCUAUACCCAACCUGGACCAGGUUACCGAUAAAGAGGCUCAGUUACACUGAUGAUUGUAGCUGCUAGCUCUUUGCCUCCCAAAAGACUCCAAUACUACUAUUUUAAUUUGUAUUGAAGUUCAGAAAUUUAAAAAGCAGAGCAUUUUUUAUUGUUGCUGUUAAUUGAGAGUAUAAUUUGCUGGGAAAAAAAAAAAGACCAAAAUGAAAGUUCUUUUCCUCCCUUGCUUAAAAUAAGUGUAGCAGCUUCCUAGUUACUUUGGAACACUACUCUUAAAUGUGUGCAAAGUGAUUGACUUUCUAGCUUGCCUUGUCCAGAGGAUAUUAAAAUGCUAGGUUGAAGUUCAGUCAUCUUACUUGGCUUUUUACUAUUAACAUGAUGUACUAAAGUAGAUUCCUUUGAAAAGACAACUAGAUAUUAUGUAUAAAAUGUAACACUGAUAGGUUAAUAAAGAUGAUUGAAUCCAUUAA